AGUCGGGUUUGAUAUUCUUCACCGGAAGUACGAAAUACGCCAUUGAUUAGUGUCAUGAUAAAAGUUGAAAUCGAAGGAGAAACUUUCUCACUUAUUUCUUGAAAAUGGAGGGUUCUGGUGACAGUAACUCGCAAAAGGAAGAAGGAGAGUUAUCAGACGAUGAUAAUGAACUUGACAAUGAACUUGAAAAAUUUACCCAUAAUGAUCAGAAUAUGCAUCCAAAGGACAAUAGUUCAUCAUUUCGGGAGUCAAAUAUUGUUCCACGGCAGAAUAAUAGAGUAAAUAAUGUGUGGCAGAACUUCAGACAGCCACCACCAAAUUUCAUCCCAAAUUAUCAAUCAAGUCCCCUUUCGACGUGGGACUACAAUCAUGGAAUGGGACUGUUGAGAGAUGACAGAAUACGGCCCUCACCAAUCCCACCUCUUCAAAAGUGGGACCACAGAGAAAACAGACCACGAGUGCCAAACAGACCGCCUUUUCCUCCCUCUCUGCCUCGCUCGCGACAUUAUAACAAUCCAAUGGAGUAUAGAAGUCACCCCAGUCAACAAAAUAAUAGAUUUGCUCACGAAAGAAGGCAACAGUACCCAAACCAAGAUGUUCCUAAAGAAUCCUCACUAGAAGGUGAUGAGGGGGAUAAUUAUGAACGGCUUCUUCAAAAGUACGAAAAAAUCAAAGAAAAAUUAGCAGAAAUACAAAUGCAGGAAAAAACAGUAGAGGAACAAGUCAAAGAAACCACGACAACAGAUAAAACCAUCACCAAACCCCAACACGUUAACAAGUACACACCUAGGAAACCAGAGAAAAAAAUAGUGGUCGACAUCACUGGAGACGUAGCGAAAGAAAAGGAUAGGAAGGAACCAUCAGCAGCAAUCAAAGAAGAGCCUGAAGAAGACAAAGAUGCAAAAUCAGAUGAGGAAACUGCAGUGAAAGAGGAGCCACAUGAUACAACAGAGGACACCUCCAAAAUGAAGACAGAGUCACCAGAAGAGGAUGUGGUGGUUCUGAGUGAUGAAGAGUCUGGCAAGGAAAACGAACAACAGGAAGUCGCUGAAGAUGACGAUGAUGAAGAUGAUGUGGACUUAUUGGAACUUCGUCUCAUCGCUCUAGCUUCCGCAGUGAAGAAAGAGAAAGUCACGGAUGGUCAGGAGAAGUCCCCAACUGAAGAUACCAACAAAAAAGAGAACUCAAAAAGGACAUCUAGAAGUAACGAAAGGAACAGCAGACGUCCAAGUGGAGGCGCAAACAGACAGGCCAGAGCAGAUAGACCACCUCAAAGUUACAGAGGUACAGAAAACAGGAAUCCUAGAUUAGCCUCAUCUGGAAGACCUCCAGGCUCUCGAAAACCUCAGACAGAUUCCGGUGUCAGACGGCAAAAAUCCAGACGGGGAACGGACAACCGUAGGACUAGCAGUGCUGCAGAAAAACGUCGGCAAGGAGAAAGAAAGGAAAGUAUGGCAGAAAAACGGAGACAUGAUUUAAAGAGGAGGGCUGAGGAGGACAAGAGGAGAGCGGAGGAGGACAAGCGCAGAGAAAUUCAGAGGAUCCUUACCAUUGAUGAUCCUGAGGAGCAGGUUGAUAGAUUCCUCCGCAUGAUGGAUGAUAAACGGUAUCCAGAGUACAGCAAGUUUGUAAAUGCUGAGAAGAAGAAGUCUUCUGUUGGUAAGUCAGUGACACAGACUACAGCGCCUCCUAUGAAGGAUAACUAUGAAGAAGUGGAGAUGGAUCUGGAUAGUGAUAUUGAUUUACCAGCUGCUUCAACAGAACUAACAACGACAGGGUUGGAUGAUGCUAUGGACAAAGAUUAUCGCCAUGGUUAUAUGUAUCCAGUGCCUCUGAUGACUGUGGACACCUCUGCUGCCCCGCUACAGAUGCCUCCCUGGAGUGACCCCCACUUCCCUGGGUACAGCGACGUCCUGGGGGAGGAUGCGAUGGACUCCCAGAAUAUCCAGUGGGGAGACCCAGUGUAUAAACAAAGUUAUAAUGAUCCUACGUAUGGUAGAUUAGCGAGACCAUGGACAGAUGUCUACCCUCCAGAAAACUCUGACCCCCUGAAACUUCCACCCCCUCCUCCACCACCUCCACCACCCCCACCAUUACCACCGGAGGAACCGCUACCCCCUCCUCCUCCAGAUGUCCCAGAACCGCCACCUCUUCCAGCAGAUCCUCCACCAGACAGCGAGGAUACCAUGACUUCCAAACAGACACAAGGGGAGGGGCCUACAGAUAUAUAUGCAGCUCUUAGAUCCUCCCCAGACCUCUCCGAGGAUCUUGAUAAGGAGGAGGCGCAGCUGAGAGCACAAUUGCUGAGAUCUUUAGCAGCCAGGAAGAUGAAAGAGAUCGAGAAAUUGAAAAAUGAGUCAAAUUCUGCGGAUAGUUCCCCAACCCAUAGCCAUUCCUCAGGGACUACAACUUUGACCCAGAAAGCAAAACCAGUGAGGCCAAGACCACCCAUGACACAAAUAGUGAUCCCAAUUCAUGAGCCAGUGGUGAUCAACUUAAAUGAUGAUACAUCAGAUGAGGAUGAAUUUCCUCCUACGACAUCACAUUCGUUACACAGAACCCAAACCAUUCCUACAGCAUCGAUAAACUCCAAUCAGGCUGAUAAACCGCCCAGAGGGGCCAGUAGUAGGUCACUAGAUGGCAGCACUAACACGACCCAGCCUCCCACGACCUCCUCUAGUCUGUUGUCUGGUUUGGAUUCCUUCUUAAAGGAGGCCAGAAUGUCCUCUACAAAUCAGGUAAAGAAAGACACAGGGGACACAGAGCAGAAGACAAAGCUCAGGGAAAUGGAGGAGGAACUUCAAAAUCAACGAAUUGGCGUUGAAAAGGGCAGACUACUCUUCCGAUCUCUGCUUAUGCGCUGCUCCAAGCACAAGAAGGAGUGGACUGAUGCCCAGGCCAACGUAGAGGAUCUGAAGCGGCAGUUAGUGGAGGCUGAGGGUGUGGUGACCAAGAAAAAAGAUCAGUUUGACAAGUCACGUAAACAGGCUCGAGCCCUUAGAGACAAAGUGAACCAGAAGGCCGAAGAUUUAGAGAAGUUUGAGGCUCAGGUGAAGAAGGAGGGCUGUCAGGUGUUUGGGAAAGAUUAUACAGGACCCUGUUCUACCCGGGAGGUGUCGAUGGACGGCACAGCAAGGGCGGAGAAUCUGGCUGUUACUGUCGUUAACGAGCAUGCAGUGAAAAAAGCAGCGACUGGAAAAGAAAACAUUGAACAGACCAAGAAGAAGAGUGAAGCAUACAUUACGGAGGAAAAGGAACGUCUUCAGAAUCUUGAGAAAGAGUACGCACGACGUAUUCAACAUCUCAAAAUGGCCACCGCCAAACGGAAGAUUCAGGCCAGAAAAGCUCGAAUCAGCAAGGGGAGAAAAAGCUCCUCGGAGAUUCCACGGUUAGAGAAAAUUGAAAUCAGUCAAACUGAACAGGAUGAGGAGAGGGUGGAGAUAGAAAAGCCGACCAAACGACGGAGGUCUUUGAUUGAUCUGAACCCUAGCACCAAGCCAAACAUAGAGAAAAAGCCGGAUAGUGCUAUUAUACCAGUGAAAACCUUUAUUAGUGCCAAAAACACAAAGGCUACAGAUAUCAAUGUGCCAAAUUCACAGCAGGUUAAAAAACUAAAACAGCUAUUGGAUGAAAAUGUCUCCACAUAUCUGUCAAAACAGGAAGCUUUACCGCUGACAUGCAGCUACUGUCAAAAUGUGUUUGUGCAGAACUCACAAGAGAUACAAGCAAUAUCUGAACACCGAAAGGUUCAGAGGAGGAAAGACGAUGUAGACUCACAGUUACUUCCCUUUCCAUAUCACAGUCCACUUCGCAACUUUAAAUCAUACAGAUUUAGUCCUUACUUCAGAACGAAGAAUAAACUCUCCUUGUCUUCAGUGACUUUUUCCAAUAAACUGAAUGCUAAUCGGGUUCUGUGCAAAUAUGACCUUCAGGGCACCUGCAAUGAUGAUGAUUGUAAUGGACAACAUCAGAAGGACUACCAUCUGUCUGACCUGGAAGUUCUGCAGGACAUUGUAUCCUACAAUCCUACUGUAUGUGGAGUGGCCCCCGACACCCCUCCUCAGUACUGUGGCAGGCUUAUUGAUACCUAUGUCAAAAAUCUGAGUAAGCAGCACAAUGGAAGACUGACAACGGACGAGUUGAACAUCCUCCUGGUCAGCCAAGUGCUGGAAAAAUCGGGACAAAAAAAACCCCACCUGCUGUUCCUGGAUUCCAGAAAGUGGAGAGUAGGUCAAACAGAGAGGAAAAAGAAAACGGAAAAGUCACCAAGGGACACGACUAGUGAUAAAAUUGAGUGGGAACGUCCGGUCGGCGAUCUGGACAACGUUAUUGGGGACAUGGACGUCCGUUACUUCCUGUCGGAUUCCUCUAACGUACAGGAUAUGGAAUCAGCUGUCCUGGAAAAUCCAGAUGACAAAGCCAUGUGGAUUAAACUGACAUAUAAAAAGCUUUCAGACACCCAGAGCCACACCCCUUCUGAGUGUUUAGACCAUGCCCUGAAUGUGUUGUCACGGGGACUGGAGAAAAACAAGACCAGUGAGGAAUUGUGGGAAAAUUAUCUCACCUUGUUUGCUAAUCAUCCAGACAGCAAAGAUCUCGACAAUAUGUGCCAAAUAGCGCUACAAUUGACACAGAGCUAUGCCAUCUGGUGGAAGUAUCUUGGCACUGUGAAGCCCUUACACAAAAAGACAGACAUCUGUGAUUCCAUUUUGAAUUUCCUGAGAUCUCGCGAUUCUCUAGACCGGUGCCUGCGAUCCCACUAUUGCCUAGAGACAGUAUUAUACAGAGUGUCACUGCACUGCAUAAGUGGAAAGCACAAAACGGCUACAAACUUUCUGCAGUAUCUUCUAACUGCUGAGGGCCCCAAUAAGUACGACUGGCUGAAGUCUGUGAUGUCAAUAGAGGACCGAUGUGUUCUGUGGCUGGUCUUCCUCCACAUCCUGGGGUACAAGUCUGUCCCCACCCAGCUCUACGACCCCACCAACCAGUCCACCGGCAAAAUCGUUUGCAAGGAAAAGUUAAUCCUGAACUGGAAUUUGACCCCAGAUCUUCUGUUGCCGGUGGAUCACUUUAAGGAGAUGAUGUGGAAAGCCUGUGAUUUUAUUCAGAGUCUGGAGGAUGAUGGGAUAUCCCAGGGUUCCCAGCUCUUCACCAAUCUCUUUCACCUCCUGAAAGUCAGCACUAUGUACGAGGAGGCAGCCAAUCUGGGUCGACAACUUCUGAUGAAGAAUCCGGGCCUGAUCAGUGUGUGGAUCUGUGUGGCAGAUUUGUACAGUCACUGUGGGGAGUCACAGGCCACUAGACAGGUGUUUGCUGACAGUUUGGAUGCCAAUCCACUUAGUGCUCACCUCUACUUUUAUGCAGCUAACUUUGAACUGAAGCAGGGAGAAAUCAACAAGGCGAUAGAAACCCUGGAGAAGAGCGUCUUGAUUUGCUACGACGUGGACGUGAAGUCGGAGUUAGCCGACCCCAACCUCCUCUUCUGUUCCCUACUGGGUGAAGAUGUCCCCAUGACCUACUCUCCGCCAAACUUCUCUGAAAUUGUGACCCAGGAACAAAUUUUGGAAGAAAAUCUCUAUGUCUGGCUCAACUACAGCCUGUUACUGGAGUUACAAGGAGACACAGCUGCUGCACUUGAGGCUUAUGAGACAAUGCUUGGCUCCAUGGUAACGGCCUCUGACCUAACAGAAGUUUGGUGCAGAUACCUGGCUUUCUGUCAACGACUCAUCGUUUCCAAGGAGACAGUUUCCAUGGGCAUCAAGACUUAUGUGAACUUGUUCAGUCGGGCUCUCUCCUCUAUUCCUGUCAUGUUUGACACCCCUCAUUCUUCCGGAUCCACCUGGCUGAAUUACCAUCACGUCAACCGAGUUAUUGAUCUGUACAUCAACAGUGUUCCCAAAGACGACCGUCUGUCCGAGUACCAGCUCAUUCUGGAGAAGAUGCCACUAAAUGUGGAGUUACUGCUCUGGGUGUGUACAGAAGUGAUCCAGAGUGAAAACUGGUACCAGGCCAAGAGUCUCUGCACCACCGCCGUCAUCGAGAAAGUCCACAACCCAGCACUGUGGAAGAUGGCAAUAUCUUUGAGCUUGAAACUGGAGAAUGUGGCUGAGACCAGAAGACUUUACCAUAAAGCAGUUCAGUUCCACCCCUACCAUGUGACCUUUUGGAAAGACUUCUUACUGUUCGAGAUCACGCAUGGCUCAUGUGCCAUGGUGCCCAGAAUCCAGAAGCGUUGUCAUGAACUCGGGGUGGUUGAAAUUAUGUGGCGGAUUAAAGGUAUUGUGCUAACUUUGUCCGUGUUUCUGACGGUUUGUGUGGCGGAUCUUACAAUCUGUGAACGCAACCCCAUCCACACAACAGCUGACAAAUCUAAAGGAGAUAACGGAUUUCAAAUUUCUCUUCUGGAAUUGGAUUCCAAAAAGAAAGAAAAAUUCAAACCUAGGAAAAACUAUACAGUUCAACUAAAAAAUAAGUAUGAAGAUGAAGACAAUGGGUUUUUAGGUUUUAUGAUAGUGGCCGUAUCAGAAAAUGCGAAAGACGAGACGGCACCAGUCGGAAAAUUCUUUCUUACAAAGACGGGAAAAGCCCGCAGGAACCCUGAGUGUAAUCACACAGUCGUCACCCAUUAUUAUCUCAUAGAGAAGAAAGAGGUCUCCUUUACAUGGCAGGCCCCAGAGCCAGGCACUGGCUGCAUUAAAUUCAGAGCCACUGUGAUAUCAGAGCAUCCAGAUAUCUGGUUUAAAGAUGACGGAAACUUGACCUAUAAAGUUUGUGAAGAUGUUCCCAUACAAGCACCACUUGGGGAUGCCACAGCUCAGGGUGGGACGGGGAAGGAACCCACCCCUCAGUGCUGUGCCUGUGGAGAAGCCAGGUACAAGAUGCAUUUCCAGGGCCUCUGGUCUAGACAGACCCACCCCAAGGGAUUUCCCAUUGAUGAAGUACAAAAAGUGCAGCUCCAUUGGUCCAGCAUUGUUGGGGCGUCGCACACCCAGGACUACGUGGUGUGGGAUUAUGGGAGAUAUGCCUCACGGGGAGUCAAAGAGGUCUGCGAAUAUGGCUUCUCCAACAACCUUGAGACUGAGUUCAAGAGGAAUAGUAAGAAUAUCAAAACUGUGCUGAAGACUCCUCCGUUGUGGGGGGAGGAGAACCUACUGGGGACCAUGACUGCCAAGUUCCAGGUGGACACCAGCAAGCACCUGUUUUCCUUGCUGACCAUGAUUGGACCCAGUCCUGACUGGUGUAUAGGUGUCAGUAAGGUGGAUCUCUGUAUGCAGAAUUGUUCAUGGGCGGACUCCAUGACCAUCGACCUUUACCCCUGGGAUGCUGGCACGGACAGCGGAAUCAGCUACUUUGACAGUAACAUAGAAACAGACCCUCCGGAGAAAAUCCAUCAUAUCACCAACAGGAAACCGAACCAUGCAGGUUCUCCGUUCUUCUCCAAACACCCGAUAAAACCCAUGGCUCGCCUGACCUUGACAAAAACCAAGGACAUCUGUACAAAGGAUGGCUCAAAGGUCGACCCGAACGACAAAACAAUGAGUACGCUGGAGCUGAUUAAACUGAUGAAGAAGAAGAUGAUGAUGAAGAAAAAGAUAGAAAAAGAAAAAUGUGCGACGACUGAAUGGACCAAUUGGUCCACCUGCAGUAACUCGUGCGGGAAUGGAAAGCAAGAACGUCGACGGCUUCUGAAAAAUCCCCAGAUUCAGCGUGAAGUGUGUGGCAUUGACCUUGAGGAGUCAAGGUCAUGUCAAGGGGAAUGUGUAGACUUCGGUUCAGGGAGUAAAGUCAAGCAAUUACCCGAUGAUUUUGUAGUCAAGAUUGCCACCUCCGUGCGAGACCCCAGUGACCUUUGUGCAAUCACUCACUGGAGUGACUGGUCUCCCUGCAGUCAGACUUGUGGGGUGGGGAUCCGAGAGAGGUGGAGAAAUUUCCUUCAGAAGAGUAAUACGACCAGCAAGUGUGGCAUCCGUCUGAUGGAGAAAGAUAUAUGUCGGGCCGAUAUAGACUGUCGUCUGGCCCACCAAAACAAAGACUACACAGCCAUCUGUCGUAUGGAACCCAGUAUAGGGCCGUGUAGGGGAAAUUUCCCUCGCUGGUAUUAUAACACCACCCACAAAACUUGCAUGGUUUUCUCCUAUGGUGGUUGCCGUGGUAACGAUAACAAAUUUGAGAAUGAGGCUGAUUGCAACAAGUAUUGCACAGAUCACAUGGCAAUGCUGAACUCCAGGAAUGAGGUCAUGACCCCAAUGGAAGGAGACAUCAAAGUCACAACAAUCAAAACCAAGAAGAUAAAAAAGAACAGGAAACCCAAGGGAGGAAAAGGCUCGAAAUCGAAGGGAGGAAAAGGCUCGAAACGCAGGAAAAACAAGCGAAGGAAAAAUAAGAGGAAGCACAGAAAUGGCAAGAAAAAGGGGAAAGGAAAAUCGUUAAAACCGAGACCCCCUAUUCAACCGCAUGACCCCAGUCUGGGGCCCGCUAUUGACUGUAUGGUGUCUGCUUGGUCGAAUUGGAGCCAGUGUAGUGUCACUUGUGGGCGUGGAGUGAUGACUAAAACAAGGACUAUUAAAGUGCCAGCGCAAAACGGAGGACGAAGAUGUCCCAGGAAGCUGGUCAAGACCAGGAAGUGUAAAUUAUCAAAAUGUCCCAUUGAUUGCCAGAUGGGAAAUUGGGGGGCAUGGACGCCGUGUUCCCAGACGUGUGGUGACAAUGCUGUCCAGAAGAGGCGUCGCGACAUUGUCAAACGGCCAAAGAGGGGAGGUCAAAUCUGUCCGGCACGAAGGGCCAAGAGGAUGUGUGUACUGCCAAAGUGUCCGGACAUGGACAUGGAGCGUAUGAUGCAGGAUGCAGUUUUAAAAAUCCCAGGGUUCCUGCCUUGACAGCUCAGUAUCUGCCAAUAGCAUUUCUGUACACAUAUCAUAUGACAGUCAUCCACUUAAAUGUGACAAAACAUGUGAUUGGUGCACUUUUUUAACACCUCAUCAUAUGACCACACUCGGUCUAGAAGGAUCAUGUGACUUACCGAUGCCUGUGUAUACAAAUCCAUAUGACAAUGACUUUUGUCCUCCAAUAUACCUCAUUCUGAAGAUGUUAUUUACAUGAACUAGGAAUGGACUGCUCUUAAUCAUGCUAUCCAAAUUGCAUGUUGAUUGAAUAACAAAGUGAACAGUCCUUUCCAUUAUAGAAAAAAAUCGAUGGCAGUACUUGUGGAUAGAAUGGUGUGUAGAAAGCUCCUUACUUAUCAAAUAGAACUUGUGGGCGGGACGCUUCUGACUGUGGGCUGGACACUUCUGACCGUGGUCCAGACUUAACAGUUGUGAAGUUAGUCCAAGUUUUACGGAAGUCAACUGGUCUGGUAUUGUUCUGAGUACCUUGUGAUUGACAUUGAUAUUAUAACUUUUGUACAUAGUGUAUCUACUGUAAGAGUGACUUCAUCUGAUGCCAUACAAGGAUGAAAUUUUUAAUGGGUAAAAUUGUGAACAGCUUCGUUUCUUUUCUUAUUUUUAAGAAUUCAAAAACUGAGUUGAAAAGAGAAAAAAAAAAACCCACAAAUCUACUCAAGAAAUAUGUAUGCUGUACAAUUUUGAUUUUUAAUGUGAUUGAUGUGACGAUCACAGUGAAAAUUUCAUCAUGGUUGUAAUGUUGUAUAAAUUUAGUAUUUAUUUCCAUUUUUCCAUUGCAUAAUAUCAGGGUAUUGGUUGUUGAGAGUGUGUGUGUCGUUUUGAGUAAGUAUUGUUGUACAGCUGUUACGGAAUGUCCAUUGUGUACAGUUUAUAUGGUUUUCAUAAAUCACACCAGGGGUGGUAUCAGUGGUGCAGUUUGCCACCGCCUCUGUCAUGAAUAUUCAAAACAACGUUGUGAAUAUUCAUGAAGUUUUCAGAUGUAAAUAUUGUGACAUUUUCUACAACAUUUGCUAGCAUCAUGGCAGCAAUUUUUGUGUUUACUUGUUCUUAAACUAUUAUGUUAAGAUGAAUGCACAUGUAGUCCUCCAUUCAAGCUUUAUUGCAGUUGAGAAAAAAAGUCAAUUCAAGGGACAUAACCCUGUCAAAAAAAAUCCAAGAUGCAGUAAUUUUUGAACACAUAAAAUUAUGCAACUGAGUUUGGUGGCAGGGAUAGUGAUUGUUUCUCACCUCAGGUUAUUUCGACUGUUUGAAUUGUCAAUUUUAAAAGAAAAUGCCUUGUAUCAUUAUGUGGAGUUCCUGUUAUAAUUAAAAUCAAUGGUCAGUGCCCUUGUUUAUGUACAUUGUACAUGUAUAUACUGUUAUAACUUGUUCUUUCUCAUGUUACGUUUUUUCACUAAUGUCAGUUAUGUGUCACAUUCAUAAAUCUCUCAUACUCUUGUACCAAAUCUACUGACAAAUUUUAAACAAUUAAUAAGUUUUGUUAAAUUUUGAAUCUCACAAUUUUAACCAGUUAUAAAAUCUGUCAUUUUGAAUGUCUUUAGAAUGUCCGUUGUAAUUUUUGGCCUGUACUGAAUGUGCCUUUGUAUUUAUUUAUGCCUGUAUUGUUAAGGGUCUGGUUGUGGACCUUGUAUCCAAUAUUUCUAUACUCUUUUCAAACAACAAGUACUCCUGUACUCAUGAGGUUUUGAAUAAAAAUUAAACACUG